AGAAAGAGACAGUGAAGACAGACCUCAUAUCAAGAAGAGAUCGAAACAUCGCGUUCUUCAUCACAUAUCAACUUCUACAUUUGACUUUUCACAUAUUAGUCUGUAAAUGAUGGAACCAGUGAUUUUGGCAAACUCAAAAUUCUCCAUUGACUUGUUAAAAGUGCUCUGUAAGGCCACUGCAGGCAAUGUGUUAUUCUCACCCCUGAGCAUCUCCUCUGCAUUGGGCCUGGUCCUCCUGGGUGCCAUGCGCGACCCUGCUAAACAUGAACCACCAAAUCCGACUGCUGAUCAGAUGUUUAAGGCCCUCCACUUUGGCAAAAUGAGAAUUAUGUACCACUAUCUGUAUGAGGAGCUCUACAAAGAAGGGGAGUACAAGACUAAAGAUAAGAAGAGAAGCCUGCAGCUGGUUAAUCGCAUGUUUGGAGAAAAGACAGUCACUUUUUAUGACAAUUUCCUAGACGAAUGUGAGGAGUGGUGUUUUGCCAGCUUGAGGAAUGCUGACUUCAAGACGGAUCCUGAUGCUGCGAGAAAAAAGAUCAAUAGCUGGGUGGAGAAUAAGACUUACCAUCAACUGAAGGAUUUGUUGGAUCCAGGAGAUGUGUCUAAGGACACGAGUCUUGCUCUUAUCAGCGCAGUGUACUUCAAGAAGAAGUGGGCCACCGGCUUCGAACCUGACACCAACAAGGACAAAGGAGUAGAUUGGCCAAUGAUGGGUAAAACGGAUUACCUUCCCCUGGGAACUAUCCCACACAGACAAUAUCAACUUCCCGCUGAAGCUCAGAUUCUGGAGAUCCCUUAUGAGAAUCAUGAUCUGAGCAUGCUCAUUAUACUCCCAAACAAGAGCGAUGCCCUACCAAAGCUGGUCGACUCGAUCACUUAUGCAAAGAUUAUGGAGUGGACUGAGCCGGACAAUAUGAUUCCCACAGAUGUGGAAGUUAUAAUGCCCAUGUUUACACUGAAGGAGAAAUAUGACCUGGAGAAAGCCCUGAAGGCUCUGGGAAUAAUUGACCUCUUUAGUGAUAAGUGUGACUUAUCUGGCAUGGCGCCUGGAAAGCUGAAGCUGUCCAAAGUGGUGCAUAAGUCUGUUGUUGAGGUGGACAAGGAAGGCACAGAUGCACAAGCAGGCGGUGGUGGAGUUGUCCAGACAGAUGGUAAAGAAAUCUCAGAGCUUUUCACUGUACAAUCCCCCUUUCUUUUCUUCAUCCGCCACAACCCCACCAAGAGCAUCGUCUUCUGGGGCCGCGUCAUCUCCCCAGAACCUGUAAUCUAGAAUCUGAACCGCAAAGCAGAGCAGGUUCUACAACAGUGUGAUCUGUCAUAUUAAAAACAGCACACAGUGAUUAUAUUGCAUGUAUCUCCAUUUAAAAUUGACUUGCUUGGAAUGUAAGUUUUAAACAAAACUCUGAAUACUCAAAAUGUUCAAGCACUUAAACUGAAAAACUAUAAAUAAAGGAAAAUCGGGCAGAAA